AUGGCUCCAGCUCUGCAGCAGCUGUUCCUCUUCUUCCUGUCAGGCGCCCUGCUCCCCCACGAUGCCUGGUCCUUUUCUACCGGCAUCAGCAGCGGGCGUGCGAAUCCCCCCGCCUUUUCUGCGAGGAGCCAUGGCCGAGCCGCGAUGAUGAUGAUGGCGAAGGAGGGGGACUUGGUGCGAGUGUCGCUGCCGAAACCGCUAGGCAUCCAGCUGGAGGAAGUGGUCCCGGGGUCGCCGGGGGUGAGGGUUGCGGGCGUGGUGGAGGGGGGGACGGCCAAGGAGAGCGGCGAGAUCGGCGCAGACAUGAUCCUGUUGGAGAUCGGCGGGAAAGACGUCACGAGCGCGAUGUUCGACCUCGUGAUGGACACCCUCGUCGCCGCGCCGGCGGGGGUACCCAUCGAUCUCGUAUUCCGCGACCCCUCCGCGGCGGCGGCGGCGGCGGCAGAAGCACCCGAGGCGCCCGCGCCGGCCGUGGCGAUGGGAGUUCCCUGCGAGCUCACUGUCGGAGGCGUUACUCUGAAGGCCAAGACUGGGGAUAACCUACGGAAGACGCUCCUCGCGGGGAAGGUGGAGGUGUACGACAUGGUCGGGAAGAUGACGAACUGCAACGGCGGGGGUCAGUGCGGCACUUGCGUUGUGCAGGUUGUUGAAGCCGAAGGCUGGGAUCCCAGGAGCGAAUGGGAAGCUGGAAAGCUCAAGGGUCGACCGGAAUCCCAGCGGCUGUCCUGCCAGACGGUUAUCCAGGGGGACGCCACUAUCGUCACGAAGCCCCCAAAGAAGUAG